AUGGAAGAUGUGAAACGUGCAAUGGACCGUAAUGAAGAGUGGAACAACACAUUUGUCUCAGCUAGGGUUAAUGUUGUACGUCAAGUAAGAAAUUCAAAAUGGGAACCUCCUCCGGUGGGCUGGUUAAAAUGUAACUUUGAUAGUAGCUUUCGACGGGAAGAUAAGAUAGGUGGAAUUGGAUGGAUAGUUCGUGAUGAGAAAGGACAUUUUCUGAAAGCAGGAAUGGUUAUCCAAGAGAAUGUUACGUCCCCUUUACAAGCUGAGGCUCUUGCGUUUUUGUUUGCUUUACAGCAGAUUUGGAUCAAUGGAUGGCGAAGGGUAUGGUUUGAAGGUGGUAGUUCCGAGCUUGCGCGAAUCAUUAAUACGGUGGUACAGGAUCAUGCAUGUUUAGGUAACAUACUCUAUGAUAUUCGUCAUUGGAUGUCAAAGCUGACAAGCUGCUCGUUGGACAGUGUGAAUAGGGAACGUAAUAUGGAUGCUGAUGUUUUAUCUAAGAGAAUAGUGGGGGUUAAUGACAAUGUAGUUGUAUAUAAUUCACCACCUUUAUGGUUGGUUUAUUAUUUGUAUUGGCCAUAUACUACUUGA